AUGGAAUGGGAGAAAAAAAUUACAAAAGAUAGAUUUAGCGAUUCGGGUUUCAGGUUAGAUCCACGAGUUGGCAAAUGGGAAAACGUUUGCCCAAUGUUAGAACCACGAUAUUAUUUUGGAACUGCAGUAUUCGAUGGCCAUUUGUACGCAGCAGGAGGAAACGGAGCGGUAAUGUCAGUUGAGAGGUACAGCCCUCUCACCAAUGAAUGGAUUGACGUGCCUGCUAUGAAGAGGAACAGGGAUACUCGACGACUAGCCGUCGUCAACGGAAAGCUAUACGCUCUUGGUAGUGCGACAGUCGAAGUUUUCGAUUCUGAGAUGAACAAAUGGAAACAUCACAGCAACUUGAACCAAGGUAAGUUGUAA